AUGUUUAAUAAUUCGGGCUUUAAGAAACAGAAGUUUCAUCAGAAGAGAUUUAAAAAGAAUCAUCAGUACUACAACCAGGUGGUAUUGGAUGAAAAAAAUUUUAAAUGCUUCCCUCCAGGUAUUAAUGAAAAUAUUCAAGCAGACCUCCAAGUAAAAGUCACAGAGCUAAUAAUAAGAGUUCUGAUAGCAAAUGAAGGUCUCCAUUACUAUCAGGGUUUUCACGAUAUUGCCAUCACACUGUUGCUUGUUUUAGGAGAAGAUGAAAGUUACAGUGUGUUAUGCAGACUUUCCCAAUCACUUUCCAACUGUUUAUGGGACCAAAUAUGGAGCCUAUCUACAAUGGAAAUUCUUAACUUAGUGUAUGCACUAGUCAAAAAUGAAAAUCGUGAUUUUUACAAUUAUUUGAAGAGGUCGGAGCUAGGGACAAUUUUCUGCCUUCCGUGGGCGAUUACUUAUUGGUUUGGCCAUGUUCUCAACGAUUACGAAGCUAUCGUAAGAUUGUUUGAACUAUUUAUGUUCUCACAUCCAUGGACCUCUAUGUAUCUAUCUUCUGUCGUCGUGUUGCAUAGAGCAAGUGAUAUUUUCUUGACACCGUGCGAGAUGCCGCUUCUACAUCAAAUGCUCUCCAACGUCCCUGAUAAUCUACCAUUUGAUAGUCUUAUUACUGAAACAGAGAAGUUGAUGUGAACCUAUCCACCAGAUGUAAUGGAAACAAU